AUGUGUGCGCUUAAGCUGAUCAGUACGGAGAAGAUUGAUACACUAGUCGCGCAAUCAGAACACCGCGUAGAAGCUCGGGGGCCACAACCGGAAACCCAAGAUUCGCUUACUUCCAAGUGCAUCGAUCCCGAGCUUAGGAAAAAGCGUAGGCGGACUGCUGGCGCGUUCGUCUUUAGCGAAGCAGAAAAGCGUAAUGCUGAGUGUCAGUCCGGACAAUUCCAACGAAAGUCGCGACAGGAUUCGAACUGCCGAACACAACGAGUGUCAGAGCAAGACCCAAUUGAGUUUUGGGCUAGGACUGGACAGUGGCUAAAGGGCUUCAGUCAGAUGAGUGGAUCAGAGAUUGAUGGCGCAAACAAACGGCGUCGGUCCAGCACACCAAGUUACUCGAGCCGUGCAAGAGAUGGAAGUGUCCCCCCCGCCUAUACAGCUGCGUACGAGGAAGAGCUGCGACGGUAUGGUAUAAUGUUUAACGAUCUGACCACGAAGGAUUCAGUGACCACACAGAGCAAAGAGAUGUGUCAGGCCUUAUUAGACGUCCACGACCUUACCCCAGCUUACAACUCUUGCUCUGAGGAGACAUAUAUCAGACUGUUCCAACGAGCGAGCAAAUGCGGCGAGGAAAGGAUCCGCCGCGACCUCACACCUCAUAUCGUGCCGUCAGCGGAGUUGUUGUACGUGGUCGAUCGAGAUGCUGCCUUGCAAAAUGUGCGGGAAGAAUUAUCCGGGGACUGGACAAGAUGCGGUCUGCUUGGCGGCACGCAGCUACGACCUGACUACGCCUAUGGCCUGUCAUCGGCAACAUUCAGCGAAGAGGAGCGCAGCAAGCUGGAGAAUUACACAAGCAUCAACAACCCUACUAAGUUCACGGAUUCCAUGUACUUCCCAUUCCUCUUAUGCGAGGCCAAGUGCGGGAAGAAGAACAUCAAUGACGCGGACCGACAGAAUGUCCACAGUGCCAGCAUCGCCGUGAAUGCGAUCAUCCAGCUCUGCCGUGUUACCGGCGAAUUCCAUGCGCAAAGGCUUAGCGGUCAAAUCCUUGUGUUUAGCAUCUCGCACGAUAAUGAGAGGGUCAAGAUCUACGGUCACUUCCCUCUCAUAAGGGAUGGUUGUAUCACGUUUCACCGAUAUUAUGUCCACGACUACAGCCUAGACGGUCACGGUGGUCGCGACAGAAACACCGGUACCAACUUCACCCGUGCUGUUUACCGCACUUUCUAUCCCCAGCAUCUGCGGAGAAUCCAAGAAGCUGUCGCGCGUCUACCAGACCCACGACACUCUUCCAUGAUCUCAGAGGCUAGCGUUGGGGAAGGAGAGACACAGGCAAGCGAACAGUCUUCGCAAAAGAGGGACAUAACGUCCAGGCCACCACUUCGACGAGCCAAAAGUCGCGGGAGCCAAGGCGAGUUGACUUUGAUGAAACAGCAGAUGUCGAAGAUGGAACAAAUGUACAAGGAUCAGAUAAACCAACAGCAAAAGCAAAUGGAGAAGCAGAAGGAUGAUAGCCGCAGGCAGAUGGAGCAGCAGAAGGAGGACAGCCGCAGGCAGAUGGAGUAG